AGUGUUUAUAUUUAUAGCAAUUUAAUGUGCAUACAACUAUGGUCGAUCAAAACGAAUAUGAAACGUAUUUAUAUAUAAAAACAUUUUCUAUCAGUAUAUCAUUCAAAGUAUAAACAAGAUGAUGUUCAAAGUGAUUUAUAAUUUAUUUUGUGUAUUGACAUUAAUACGCGCUUUGGAAGAUCCUUUCGAUUUCGAUAUAGAAACGUGCGUAAAGAUUUUUUAUACCAAAGAGAACACGUACAACAUCUACUGUCUGACUUAUAUCGAUAACGAGGAUUCCUUAGGGAUAAUAACCGAUCACAAUGAUACGAUAACGUUUAAAAAAAAUCCGGAUUCGACCGAUGAAAGUAAAAUAUGUGCCGUCGUUCGGUCUGUACAAGGCGACGAAAAACAUUGUUUGGGUUCGAUACGAUAUAAUUGUAUGACUAUGCACGAAAAUCCGAAAACUAGGUUCGUCAAAACGCCCGAAAAUAUACCUUGCAAGGAGAUACCUUUGGAAGAAACUCAGGUUUAUUGUAUAGGUUUCGGUAAUAAUGAUUUUACUUUGGUUUUUUAUUGCGAACCCGUCAUAUUUUAUCUACGAAGGACCGUUCUGUAUGUACCAGAUAAUAAACCGAAACGAAUAUAGAAUAAAGUUAGUAAAUAAAAAUAUUAUUAGUUAUAUUAACUAAUCAUAAACAUUUUAUUAUGAAAUAAUUUGCAACAUAUUGUGAGGGGAUUCAAUAUUCUUGCAAAGACGUUCAAGGUUAUACGUAAUACAAAUUGUUUUUUGUAAAUAUCUCAUUUUCUAAUGCCUUUAUGAUAUUUUUGUUCAUCGUAAAUAUUUUAGAUAAUAAAAUUCUCUACAACUUUUGUCUGAAACAUUUUUUUAUAAAUCGAACCGUUUUUGAGAUACAAGGCUGAAAAGUAUCUCGACUCAAAACAUCAGAACUAAUACAAAUUGUUUUUCGAAAAUAUCUCAAUUCCCAUUGCUUUUAGAUUUUUUUGUUAAUUAUAAAUAUUUUAGAGAAUAAAAUUUUCUAUAACUUUUGGCCAAAACACUUUUUUAUUAAUCGAACCGUUUUUGAGAUACAAGGCUGAAAAGUAACCCGACUCAAAACAUCAGAACUAAUACAAAUUGUUUUUCGGAAAUAUCUCAAUUCCCAUUGCUUUUAUGAUAUUUUUGUUCAUUAUAAAUAUUGUAGAGAAUAAAAUUUUCUACAACUUUUAUCUGAAACACUUUUUUAUUAAUCGAACCGUUUUUGAGAUACAAGGCUGAAAAGUAACCCGACUCAAAACAUCAGAACUAAUACAAAUUGUUUUUCGAAAAUAUGUCAAUUCCCAUUGCUUUUAGAUUUUUUUGUUAAUUAUAAAUAUUUUAGAGAAUAAAAUUUUCUACAACUUUUGGUUGAAACACUUUUUUAUUAAUCGAACCGUUUUUGAGAUACAAGGCUGAAAAGUAACCCGACUCAAAACAUCAGAACUAAUACAAAUUGUUUUUCGAAAAUGUCAAUUCCCAUUGCUUUUAGAUUUUUUUGUUAAUUAUAAAUAUUUUAGAGAAUAAAAUUUUCUACAACUUUUGGUUGAAACACUUUUUUAUUAAUCGAACCGUUUUUGAGAUACAAGGCUGAAAAGUAACCCGACUCAAAACAUCAGAACUAAUACAAAUUGUUUUUCGGAAAUAUGUCAAUUCCCAUUGCUUUUAGAUUUUUUUGUUAAUUAUAAAUAUUUUAGAGAAUAAAAUUUUCUACAACUUUUGGCUGAAACACUUUUUUAUUAAUCGAACCGUUUUCGAGAUACAAGGCUGAAAAGUACCCCGACUCAAAACAUCAGAACUAAUACAAAUUGUUUUUCGAAAAUAUGUCAAUUCCCAUUGCUUUUAGAUUUUUUUGUUAAUUAUAAAUAUUUUAGAGAAUAAAAUUUUCUACAACUUUUGGUUGAAACACUUUUUUAUUAAUCGAACCGUUUUUGAGAUACAAGGCUGAAAAGUACCCCGACUCAAAACAUCAGAACUAAUACAAAUUGUUUUUCGAAAAUAUGUCAAUUCCCAUUGCUUUUAGAUUUUUUUGUUAAUUAUAAAUAUUUUAGAGAAUAAAAUUUUCUACAACUUUUAUCUGAAACACUUUUUUAUUAAUCAAACCGUUUUCGAGAUACAAGGUUGAAAAGUACCCCGACUCAAAACAUCAGAACUAAUACAAAUUGUUUUUCGGAAAUAUCUCAAUUCCCAUUGCUUUUAUGAUAUUUUUGUUUAUUAUAAAUAUUGUAGAGAAUAAAAUUUUCUACAACUUUUAUCUGAAACACUUUUUUAUUAAUCUAACCGUUUUCGAGAUACAAAGUUGAAAAGUAUCUCGACUGAAAACAUCAGAACUAAUACAAAUUGUUUUUCGAAAAUAUCUCAAUUCCCAUUGCUUUUAGAUUUUUUUGUUAAUUAUAAAUAUUUUAGAGAAUAAAAUUUUCUACAACUUUUGGUUGAAACACUUUUUUAUUAAUCGAACCGUUUUUGAGAUACAAGGCUGAAAAUUAUCCCGACUCAAAACAUCAGAAUUAAUACAAAUUGUUUUUCGAAAAUAUCUCAAUUCCUAUUGCUUUUAUGAUAUUUUUGUUAAUUAUGAAUAUUGUAGAUAAUAAAAUUCUCUACAACU